CUCCUCGUGCCUUCCUCUGCUCUGGGAAGUGGGGUCGCCUCCCUCCGCGAGACAUGUCGUGCUACAGCCCCUGCCUGCCAGCCGCCUGCGGCCCAACCCCGCUUGCCAACAGCUGCAACGAGCCGUGCGUCAUCCGGUGCGCCGACUCCAGCGUUGCGAUCCAGCCCUCGCCAGUCCUGGUGACGCUGCCGGGCCCAAUCCUCAGCUCCUUCCCUCAGAGCACAGCUGUGGGAUCCACCGCGUCGGCUGCCGUGGGGAGCUCUCUCAGCGCUGGCGGUGUGCCCAUCGCUUCUGGGGGCUCCCUGGGGGGCUUUGGGUGGUCCGGUCUGGGCCGUGGGCUCUGUGGGCCUCUGGGACGGGGCAAUCUCUUAUGCUGAAGCCCGUGGAUUGCCUGCCCGUGGCCGAGCACCAGCAGCCUCGAGGAAAGCCCUGGAGCCAGCCCUGAGAGCGUGGCCAUGGUCUGCAGAGGAGCCGAGCUCCCGCUUCUCCGCCUGCGCUGCGAGGAAGGGGCCUGCGCUGGCCUUCCGUCUCUUCCAAGGAAGCCUCUCUCUUUCCCCCUCUCGCUCUGCUCUACCUCACGCUCCCCAGGAAAUACCUCCUCCUUCCUUCCGUAGCAACGGGUCUAGGUGAUACGAUACAUGAUUGCCAGAGCCUUGAAGAGGAAUUGGAAGUGGAAAAGAAGCGUCCCUGCCGUGGAGGUUUUCCUUCAGAUGGCAGCACUCCUCUGAGCUUACUCAGCCAGCCUCCCAAAUGCUCUCGUCUUUUCCCUUCUCCUUUGAUUUUCUCAUUAAAGACAUUGGGCAUCAGCUUUGCAAGGGAGUCGUGUUUCAUUCU